UGUCACGGCACAUUCUGUUGAUUUGACAUAUGUGUUCUUCCGUCUGUUUCGCAAAGCUUAUUUGAAAAACGCAAAGGCCUCAUGCAAGACAAUAUGGCAGGAUUAGAACAAUACGAAAGGUAUCUGGAGGAUGAAGAUCAGUUAGAUAAUAUCCCUAGAUUUAAUCCAACCUUCAAAUCGGCGAUCGAGACAACACACUAUCAAUUCAUUAAUUCUGAGCGAGAUUUGACGCUUCCGCUGCAAAAACAUAAAAAUGUGCAGCCGAUUUACGAAAGUCCGGAAGAUGAGGUGUCACUUCGAAAAUACCUUGGAGCCAGUGUCAAUCUAAUCAGUUUGAUCACAGAGAAUUUACUAUGUCAUCCGUUUCUCGUACUCCGCCGGCAAUGCCAGGUGCAUCAUAACUCUAGGAAGUAUCAUAUUGUCCCUAUAACAUUGAUUCCUGUUAUCGUUCAUCUGCAUCAACGACAAGGCGUAACCACGUUGUGGAAAGGAAUCGGUAGUAUCCUUAUGGUGCGGGGAAUGACACUGGCUGUAGAAGAUGUUAUUUCCAAAUUCACUCCAUGGCCAAAGGAAGUAAAUUCAAAAACCACCCUUAAGCAAUUCGGACAACACCUGUUACUAAAAUGCAUAAGCUUAGCCACAAUAGUACCCUUUUAUUCUGCGUCUUUGGUAGAAACAGUGCAGAGCGAUAUUGCAAGCGAAAAGCCGGGUAUUUUCGAUGUGUUCCGCGAAGGCACGAGUCGGUUGCUUUCGUGGAGCGUGCCACAGAAAGGUAGAAUGCUGCCAAUAUGGGCCCUUGUGGGUCCUAGCAUAUCGCUUGGAAUAUCAAAAUACAUCUGCCAACUUUUCGUGAGAGGAAUCUCCACCCGUAUUAUGUGUCGAAGGGUAACCUUCUACGAUGAGAAACAAGGUGCUCGUUCACGUGACUUCACCACUCAAAGCCAAGUGAUUGAGGUUUACUCAACUAUGAUAUCCUUAAUGACGACGGAGAUCAUUUUUUAUCCUUUCGAAACAAUCCUUCACCGCAUACAGCUGCAAGGCACUCGUACCAUUAUCGAUAAUCUAGAUUCUGGAUAUUCGGUGGUGCCGAUUUUGACUAGCUACGAGGGUGUCAUCGAUUGCUAUCGUCAGACCGUUGCAGCUGAAGGAGUACCGGGUUUAUAUAAGGGAUUCGGCGCAAUGCUGCUUCAGUUCGCGGCUCAUGUCGCUGUGAUAAAAUUAGGCAAGUGGAUCAUUACACAGAUUUCGGAGGUAAUGUCUAACAAACCGCCCGCGAAGGUAGCAGAAUUCUAUAAUCUGGAUGCGAAAAAUUCGGGAGGAUCAGUGAGCAUGUCGAGGAGCAUAAGUGGUAUAAGCUCACUGAGUGACGAAUUAUCCUAGCUUCCUGUUUGACUCUUGAUCGUAGAAUGAAAAACUCACGUUUCUAUUACA